UUUAAAGAGCCGCUACCAAAAUUUGGUUAGAACUGGUUGAUAAGAGACAAUACGCAACAGUCUAACCAUGAAAUUCCUUAAGGCCACCAUCAGUUUAAGUCAAAUUCAGGCCAUUCUUCGCAAGGAUUUUCUUGUGAGAUGGCGUUUAAAGUGGCUAAUAUGUUUACAAGUAAUAUGGCCCAUGAUCAUAUUCUUGUUGCCCUAUUUGAUCCGUCUGAAAUUUACCCCCGUCCACAAUGAUGCCUGCCAAUUUCCGACACGACAAUUGCCCACAGCUCGCAACACACUGCCAGGUAUGCUGUCGUACAUUUGUACGAUUGAGAACAAUUGCAAAAGUACGGAUGUCUAUGACGAAUAUGAAUAUUUGGAUAAAGCACCUUUAAAGCCUAUCAUUGAUGUAGUCCAAAUUGUUAUCAACGAUGACGGAAUGUUCAAUGCAUUGAUCGAGUUACCGGAUAAGGCGAAUUUUAUCAAUGCUGUUACAGCGAUUGUCACAAAUGCGCAUUUUAGUGAGAUACGAACAAACAUUGAGAAAGUCAUUAGCAUGGUUCCAGAUGUGGAGAAAGCACUCAAUGGCAGUUUUGAUAUAAAAAAAUUAUUUUCAAGUCGUGAAACAUUUGUCAAGGCUGGCAAUUUACUUUGCGGUCACCCGUUCCCCAGUAUUGAUACAAUACCAUUGGUUUCGGAUAUCUUAGAAUCGGAAGAUUUCAGCAAAUCCAAUGAUGAUGAAUUGAAUGCAAUGCCAACACCUUAUUGUAAAAAACUCUAUUUGGAUGUGACCAGCUCAAAUUACGGCAAAAUUACCUGGGAUGUGGUAAAGCCAAUUAUUCAGGGCAAAAUUCUCUUUGCCCCAAAUACUGAGGAUACCAAUUCAAUUAUGGCCAUGUCCAAUUCCACAUUUGAAGAAUUCAAUCGUUUGAAAAUGUUGUCCGUCUCCUUUCAACAAAUACUCACGAAACUGAAACAGCCGGGUAGCUUUCAAGAAGCCUUUGAUUCCCUUUUGGCCUUGGCCAAAUCUCCCUUCGUUCGCAAGUUGAUUGGUGAUGAAUUCGAUUUGGAUGAAGUUGAAAAUGUUGUCAAUCGCAUACGUACCGAUCCCGUUGUCUAUGAUGUAAUAAAUACAGUUAAAAAUCUCUUGGAAUGUCUCUCGGUGGAUCGUUUUGUUGCCUUCGAUACGGAAGAUGAGCUGAGACGUCAUGCUUUCGAUUUGAAUCAACGCAGAUUAUUCUAUGCCGCAAUUUAUUUCAACCAAACGGAGACGGAAAAUGUUUCCUAUAAACUGCACAUGGAUACCCAGAACACCCAACCAACAAUUGAGAAUAGGAAUCGUUUUUGGUUCCCGGGACCUGCAGGUUCUAUGCUGCUGGACUUGAAAUACCAUCGAGGUUUUGUGCAGAUUAAACACUCCAUUGAUAUGGCCAUAAUAAAGCAUAAAAAGGAAAAGCUACAGCAGCUGGGAAUUUUGGCCAAACCCACGCCACCUCCGCCAAGUGGACCGCUUUUCAAUGUGGAAAUUGAAACCGGGGAUGAAGAGGAAGACGAGGACGAAGAUGAUGAGGAGGAGGAAGAUGAAUGGUUUACAAAUUCAAACAACACCCAAAAUGCCAAUUCGACAGCUGCUCCCAAUAAGGAAAUGAUAUCUUCGAUUGUUUCAGGCAUUCCAAUGGAUGCAACCACCAUUUCACCCAAGAAAAAACGCCAAGGAUUGGCAGAUUUGUUCUCAAGUUUUGGUUCCCAAAAUCAGGAUCUUAAUAAUUUUGAAAUUGAUAAUUUGAAAUAUUUCACCAAACAAUUUCCCUAUCCGGAAUACACCAGAGAUGAUUUCAAAACUGGUCUCUAUCUGGCCCAAGCUAUUCAGUUGGCCUUCUUCAUUGGUUUAGUGGCGGAAAUUGCAGCCAGUGUUCGUCACUUAAUUUGGAUGAGAGAAUCUAAGAAUUCAAUGAUUAUGCGCGCCAUGGGCCUUAAGUCUUGUUCCGAACUGACCUCUUGGUGUAUUGUGACAUUUUUGGAAAUGCUUUUCAUUUUCAUACUGGUCUCAAUAAUUCUCUACAGUGGCGGAAUGGUGGUCUACACAAGGUGGCUUUUUGUCAUGAUCUAUGUUUGUUUGUUCGGAGCUAGUUUGAUAUCUUUUUGUUACAUGUGUUCGACAUUUUUCAAUAGUGCCACCAUUGGUGCUGUGGCCACCACAGUCCUCUUUUUCAUUAGUUUCUGCCCGUACAUAAUUGUCUUGUUAUUUGAUGCCCAAUUGAAUUCUUUGCAAAAUUUCCUCAUCAAUCUCUCAUUUACCACGGCAUUCUCUCACGGCUGGAGUCAUAUAAUGCGCAUGGAGCUGCAGGAGGUGGGUUUAAGUUUCGAAGCCGUUUUCCGCGAAGGAUUAAGGGGAGAAUAUGGUUUUUCGUUUUUCAUGUUGAUAUUGGAUUUGAUCCUAUAUGCAGUUAUCGGAUAUAUACACCAGAGAUUUAAGGAUGACGACAACCGUUUCGUGGAGGUCCAAAGAGAAGAACUCGAUUCCACUGUGGGCGCAACGCUGACCAAUGUUACCAAAGUCUAUGGUGAGAAUAAACAUGCCGUUAGCGAUAUCUCGAUUUCAUUCUUCAGGGAUAAGGUAACAUGUCUCCUGGGCAGAAAUGGUGCCGGCAAGAGCACAAUUAUAAAAAUGCUAACGGGCCAAGUCGUACAGACUACAGGAAGAGUUAUACUGUCCCAGGCUAUGUCUCGCGGCAAAGAAUAUGACAAAGUUGGUGUUUGUGCCCAGGACAAUAUUCUGAUACCCAAUUUAACUGCCCGUGAACAUUUGGAGCUGUAUGCCAAAAUCAAGUUGAAGCGGAACUAUCAAUCUGAAGUAGAGAAGACGUUGAAAGAUUUGAACUUUGGCAAACACGAAAACUAUCAAGCAAGUCAGUUAUCGGGUGGUUACAAGAGACGCUUGUGUGUGGCCAUUUCGUUUAUUGGAUCACCCAACGUUGUCAUUUUGGAUGAGCCCUGCAAUGGUGUUGACAACAAAGCACGCAAGGAUAUCUGGGAUCUGAUUGAACGCCUGCGAAAAGGAAGAGCUGUGAUUUUUGCAACACAUUUUCUGGAUGAAGCGGAAUAUCUUAGCGAUAUAAUUGUGAUAAUGAAAAAUGGUAAAAUUAUUGCCAAACACAAUCCGGAGACGCUGAAAAAUCACUGCACCUCAUUCUAUGAGGUUAGCAUGAAUAGCUGUGACAGUCAAACUUCCGAUAUGGUGGUCGACAAGGCCAACAAAUUGUUGGCCAACUUUAGGCAAUUGGAUAAGUCAUCAGAGGCGGAUUUGAGUUUGCGGGUUUCCUACGACCAAGUAAAUCACAAUUCUUCGGAAUACUUAUCGUAUCUCGAGCAAUUGCAGGGCGAUGGUCGCAUCAAUGAUUUGUGCAUUGAAUCGGAAAAUUUGGAACAUGUCUUCAAAAAUCUUGAUAAGAAACAUAGCAAUGGAGUGGUGUCGUCAGGACAUUAUAACAACAAUGGCCACCCAUCUGGGGAUUUGAUGAAAAAUAUAAAACUGAAGCGGGAACUGGGUUGGAAUAUGGUGAGCAAUGACCCCUUGUCAAGGUGGGCUGCCAUACGCCAGCUAUUCUGGAAACGUUUGGUUCACUUUAGUCGCAACUAUCGUAUGUUGGUGUGUGUUAUUGUAUUGCCGGCUAUCUUUGAGAUACUUGCCAUGUGGUUUGUCUCCCAACGUUUGGAGGAUGAUUUCGAUAAGACCAUAAAAUUGUCUCGAGAAUUGUAUCCCAGGACUACUCAAUUUAUGAGCAUGGAGAUACCCCUGAAUUUUACAAGGGAUGUUUAUGGUCGUUUAAAGGAAAAUUGUCCAGCAGGGGCGGAGUUGACUUGUAAAGAAUUUGCCAAUAGUCAAAAAUCCUUCUAUUGGGUCCUCAAGACUCUUAAUGAAUAUCAGGAGAAACGUUAUGGCGGCUAUACCUUCAAUGAGUCCAAGUCGAUGGUGUGGUACAACAAUAAAGGUUAUCACUCCAUGCUGGCAUGGUUGAAUGACAUGAACUCGCACAUGUUGCAGGUUGAGACAAAUAACACGAAUUACAAGAUUUCGGCGUAUAAUGAGCCAUGGGAAUUAGGUUUCCAGGAGUUUAGUACGACAUCCAUUUUACGUCAAGCCGGUGACUCAUGUUUGGCAUUUAUUCUUCUCAUUGCCUUUUCCAUGAUUGUGGCAGUGGCCUCCGUAUAUCUAGUCAAUGAACGUGUCAAAGGUGAAAAGUUACAGCAGAGAUUGUGUGGCGUUGAUGCGGUUACCUAUUGGGCGGUGGCCUUUAUAUGGGAUUUCAUGAUCCUAAUAUUGGGUAUUCUGGUUUGCUGUUCUGUCAUCCUGGCCUUUGACAUGCCUGUCUUUACGGACCGCCAACAGCUGUGGGGCAUCAUUGUACUGGGAUUAUUCUUUGGCUUCGCCUGCAUCCCGGGGGUACAUGUCUUCGAGAAAUGCUUCAACGAUGCGAGUGUCUCAAUUGUGGGAAUCUUCAUUAUCAAUGUUAUUAUACCAUUAUUCACCCUAUCCACGGUGGUACUGUUGGGCGUUGUUGGCGAUUCCCCCAUAUGGGAUGAAUGGCGUCAUUUCCUUAAUCAUCGGCUCUUUAUUAUCUUCCCUCAACAUGCGUUGGCUGAUGGCCUGCUGGAAUUGUGUAAAAAUUAUAUGGUAGCUCUAACUUUCCGACGUUUCGACAUUGAUUCCUAUAAGAAUCCGGUGAAUAGUGAUUUGCUGCAAGCCCACUUUACCUCAUUAUUUAUUGUGGGUGUGUUCUUUUUGGUUCUGAAUGUGUUGCUGGAAAGUGGCCUCCUAGGUGAUUGGAAGGAGAUGCUAAUGGAUCAUUUGGAAUUUUUGGGUCUGCAAAAGGCGAAACAGUUCGAUGAACUCAAAGUUAUUUCCAUACAAAAUUCCCUAAAACGUAACGAUAAGAACGCCGUUAGUGCUCUCAAGGUGGACAAUUUAAGUAAGAAGUAUGGUGGACGUGGCCACUAUGCUGUGUCGAAUGUCACCUUUGCCGUUAGCCAUGGCGAAUGUUUUGGUUUGUUGGGUAAAAAUGGUGCUGGCAAGUCGACAAUUUUCAAAAUGCUCUCCGGACAGUUGAGACCAACUUCGGGACGUAUUGUCUAUGAGAAUCCGGAAAUAUCAUAUUGUCCUCAAACAAAUACCCUGGAUGAUUUGUUAACCGUACGAGAAUGCAUUGAAUUUUAUGGUCAUCUGAGGAGCAUUACUGAUUUGCCGAAGCUCGUUAAUAGCAUACUUGAAUCAUUCCAAUUGGAGGCAUAUCGCGAUGUUCUUGUGAAAAAUCUCAGUGGUGGUAAUCGUCGUAAAUUAACUGUGGCCACAUCGUGUUGUGGUCGCACCUCGGUGGUGCUUAUGGAUGAGCCCACAAGUGAUAUGGAUCCUGUAACGCGAGCCUUUGUCUAUCGCACCAUUGAUGAUUUAUUGGCCGAAAAGAGGGCAAUUGUUUUAACCUCACAUUCCAUAUCUGAAAUUGAUCAAAUUUGUCAUCGCAUUGCUGUCUUGAAAGAUGGACAAAUGUUGACGUGCAGCAGUCCGGAAAGUUUGAAGGCACAAUAUGGUGGUUAUUACAAUGUUACCGUCUAUUGUGAUCAGGAUAAGAAAAAGGCAUUGGAAAAGGAAAUACGCCGCAAAUUACCUCUGGGUAAGGAUAUGCAGGUCUAUGCUCAUUCCAUUAAGUUUAGUAUAAAAAUUGAGAAUCCCAGCCGGGAGGGUGAUAAGGAGAAUGGCAUCGAUUUACCCGAUAAUUUGAAAAUUACUGAUACUGACACAACUACCUCAAAACUGGCCACCAUGAAUGGUGGUCACACCCUGUCACAGCUGUUCUAUGAUUUGAGUAAUUUAUCCCAACAGAUAUCGGGAUGUGUGCGAUAUGCCGUCAAUAAAUGUAAAUUGGAUGCGGUAUUUGAGAGGAUCCUUGAUAAAAGUGAACCGAGUGACUUAAGGCGUGGCUCGGUUUACAAUGGAAUCGACAACAACACUGCUGCCGCCAUGGGUGGUAGUCCAUCAACGGGUUAUGUCCACAACGGUUAUGUUGAAACGGAAACAUGAAAAUGAAUGAAUGAAGGAAUGCAUGACUUUGUAUCCAAGAAGUUGAAACAAACAUCAGGCUGUGCCUUUUAUUUUUUUAGUAUAAAAAAUAUUUUAACUCUCGAAUAUCCUCUUAGGGUUUAUAAUGUUUUUUCCUUUUAAGAGAGCAAUGCUCCAAGAAACUUUACUAUUGCUUUAUCUGUAUAUGUGUGUGAAUGUAUGCUGUAUUUAUUAUUUUAAAAUUACAUGUUAAAAUUAUAAAACAUUAUGCUAAAGGUGUUUAUCAGGGAUUUUUCGAAAAUCCAAAUCUUCUCAAAGGGAUUUAAUUUUAUUUUUUUUUUAUCAAAUAGCUCAAUGUUUUAUAUUAUUUUGUAUAGAUGAAUAAAAGUCCUUUUGUCUAUAAGUAGAAUACGUUGUGGUCUUCAAUGUUGAACUUUUAACGGAUAGUCUUUUUUCUGCAAUUUUUAAAUCAAAAUGUCUUGAAUAAAAUUGCUUCUUUAGGUCUUCUGUCUUGGACUUUCCUGUGAUUCAUUAUUUUUUCGGAAACUUGAAAUAAAAACCGUCUUCAGGUGACUUGAGAUUCAUGGUAUAAAAAAAUUGAGUAUAUUUAAAUUUUAUAGGUGUUCUGUUUAAUUUCAAAAUUUUUUUUUUAAUUUUUGCUCUGUUCAAAAAAAAAAAAAGUUAUAUUUUCAGGUGAAUUUGUGAUUGAAUUUAUCUUGUCUCUACUCUAGAAAUAAAAAAAAUUCUCUUCCCAAGAUUCUUUUUAAUUGGUUAGGACGUUUCAUGUUAAAAUUGCUAGUGUACGGAGGACUAAAAGAGCUAAGCUUUCUAACAUAAAAGUCCACUUUGUGAUUAAAUACAUUUUUAGUGUGUGUUGUUUUUAAGAACAGUUUAAAGUUAAGUUAUUAAAUAUAAAUUUCCGGGACUUAAGCUUUUCUUCCCCCCUCAUCCUGUAAAUGUGUACUUAUGUCAUUUUGUAAAUUUGACUUAAUAUUUUUUAAGAUAAUUCCAUUAAAUGUGUGAAUAUAUAUAUAUAGAUAAUAUUAUUUUUAAAUACACGAAAAAUAAAUCGAAAGACAUUGAG